GGCCAGGAGGUGUGGCUGGGUCCCGGGCGGUGAGCUUUCCGGUGGCCUGUGGUGGCAUCUCUAGGAGCCUGGGCCUGCAGCCCGGCGGGAGGAAGCAGCCUCUCGCAGCGGGAGGAAGUGAGCCUGGGCCCCUGCCUCCGGGGGCCUGUGCCCCCUGCUGACCUAGGGGACCGGAACCAGCUUCUGUUUGGAACCCAGGGCUCCAUUUGCGCUGCGUGACCUUCAUUUCCUUGCGUGGAGGAAGCAGCAGGGCUGGCCGGGAGGAUGGAAGCAGAGCCCCUCUACAACCUGCUGCAGCUCCCCAAGCCGGCGGACCCUCUGGUGGAGGAGCUGACGCAAGGAGAAAAGAAGAAAUUCCUGCCGCCCACUUCCCGGAAGGACCCCAAGUUUGAAGCAUUGCAAAGGGUGCUGCUGGAAUGGAUCAACACCGAGCUCCUCCCCGAGCACAUUGUGGUCCGAAGCCUGGAGGAGGACAUGUUCGAUGGGCUCGUCCUGCACCACCUUUUCCAGAAGCUGGCGGGGGUCAAGCUGCACGUGGAGGAGAUCGCAUUAACGGCCACGAGCCAGAGGCGCAAGCUCGAGGUGAUCCUAGAGGCCAUCAGCCGCACUCUGCAGGCGGAGGAGCAGCCUGCCACGUGGAGCGUGGAUGCCAUCUUCAACAAGGACCUGCUGGCCACCUUGCAUCUCCUCGUGGCUCUGGCCAAGCGCUUCCAGCCCAACCUGCCCCUCCCACCCAAUGUCCAGGUGGAGGUGAUCACCAUGGAGAGCACCAAGAGUGGCCUGAAGUCGGAGAAGUUGAUGGAGCAGCUCACGGAGUGCAGCACAGGCCAGGACAAGGCUGCAAAGGACGUCUUCGAUGAGCUGUUUAAGCUGGCUCCCGGGAAAGUGGACGCAGUGAAGGAGGCCGUCGUGAGCUUUGUCAACCAGAAGGUCGAACGCCUGGGCCUGUCUGUGCAGAACCUGGACACCCAGUUUGCAGACGGAGUCAUCUUACUCUUGCUGAUUGGACAGCUGGAAGGCUUCUUCCUGCACCUGAAGGAAUUCUACCUCACUCCCAACUCUCCUGCGGAAAUGCUGCACAAUGUCACGCUGGCCCUAGAGCUGCUGAGGGACGAAGGCCUGCUCAGCUACCCGGUCAGCCCUGAAGACAUCGUGAACAAGGACAGCAAGAGCACACUGCGCGUCCUCUACAGCCUGUUCCGCAAGCACAGCUGAGAGGGGCCUCCGACAGCGUGCCCGGACCCCAAGUCAGCCGCCACUGCCCCCCGCGCUGCCUCUCAGCCGCUUCCCUGGGCCCAGCUGCAGCCCCGUCCCCCACCCACCUCCUAUUUCUGUCUGUCCAGCCUCUCUGAGCCCACGAGGUGCGCGUCCACCUGGAGCCAACCUCUGGCCUCGCUCAGUCUGUGUGACAAAUGUGUUUCUGGGAGGGAUUUGGGGAGCCUGCCAGGGUCCUGGGAAGGGCCAUUAAAUAUGCAUGAAAUGAGCUGACCCCCAC